AAACUAGUUUGGCUGCUAUCGAUAUUAUUAAACCAAAUAUGGAAUUAUUCGUCGCGCGCUAUUGUCAAGCAAAAACGUGAGUAUAAGGAUGAAAAGAAACGUGUAGCGCAAGAAUUAGUUACGUCAUUACGUGACCAAACGAUAAUUGUUAUGGCCGAUUGGUUAAAAAUACGUGGGACUUUACGUAAAUGGAAUCGAUUUUUUUGUGUUCUUAAACCUGGCCUUAUGCUAAUUUAUAAAAAUGAUAAAACUGAUAAGGCGGGAUAUUGGGUCGGUACAGUUUUGUUGAAUACGUGUGAAUUAAUCGAACGACCAUCAAAAAAGGAUGGUUUUUGUUUCAAAUUAUUUCAUCCACUUGAUCAAAAUAUUUGGGCAACACGUGGUCCUCUCGGUGAAAGUUACGGUGCAGUGACUCUUCAACCACUACCAACAACUCAUUUGAUAUGUCGAGCACCGUCUGUUCAAGCUGGUGGUUGCUGGAUGGACGCAUUGCAGUUGACUUUACGCUGUAGUGGGCUUUUAUUGCGAACUAUGCAUAAGGUUAUUUACGAGACACCGAUGAAAGAUGCUUUUAAUGCUUUUAAUGAUGAAAGUUUACUUGAAUGCUCACAAAAGACUGAAAUUAGUGAAAUAGAGGCCGAAAAACAUUUCAAUGGUACUAUUCUUUUUUAUCUUUAUUCGCUUUUUUCUCAUUUUUAUUAUGGUCCAUUAUUGAGCAACACUCAAACAGAGGAUUUGGCCGAUGAAAACAAAAGUCUUAUUUGGAGUUUGCUAAAACAAGUUCGACCUGGAAUGGAUUUGUCCAGAGUUACUUUACCAACUUUUAUUUUGGAACCUCGUUCAUUUCUUGAAAAACUUUCGGAUUUUUAUUACCAUUCUGAUCUCUUGGCUGACGCUGCUGUUGAGGACAAUCCAUUGGAACGGAUUAAAAAAGUCGUCAAAUUCUAUAUGAGUGGGUUUUACAAAAAACCUAAAGGUUUAAAAAAGCCCUACAAUCCGAUAUUGGGUGAAAUUUUUCGUUGCAAGUGGGAACAUCCUGAUGGCUCAGCCUCUUAUUAUAUUGCCGAGCAAGUGGCUGGAUAUAACAUAUGUGGGACAAUUCUUGCUAAGAGUAAAUAUUAUGGAAACAGUUUAUCUGCUUUAAUGAUUGGCACAAUUCGAAUUACACUCCUUAAUCGUGGUGAAACUUAUACAGCAACAUUACCAUACGCCAACUGUAAAGGUAUUAUGAUUGGCACUUUAUCUAUGGAGUAUGGUGGUCAGGUUAACAUUUCUUGUAAUCGAACAGCUUAUACUUGCACUAUGGAUUUCAAAUUGAAACCAUUCUUGGGUGGUUCAAUGAAUGUUGUGACUGGUGCAAUACAUUUGGGACGAGAACCACUGGUAAAAAUUGAUGGAACCUGGGAUUCCGAUAUUUAUAUUUAUGAAAAUGGCAAGAAAGCUAUAUUGUGGUCACCAACGAAAGAAACUGUUAAACAACGUUUGCCUCGAUAUGAGAUUCCUUUAGAGAAACAAGGAGAAUGGGAAUCAAAAAAACUGUGGCUGAAAGUGAGCGAGGCUAUAGCAAAUGAAGAUCAAAAAGCAGCUACUCGAGAAAAAACAGCGCUUGAAGAUGAUCAAAGGGCGCGAGCAAAGAAUACUGUUUAUCAUAAACCUAAAUAUUUUAAAUAUGAGCCAUUGACAAAAACUUAUGAAUAUAUUUAUGCUGAUUAUCGACCUUGGGAUAACAAUAAUGAUGUUCGACAAAUGGAGAACAACUUUAUGAUUCGAACAUUAUCUAAAUACGGACCAAUUAAUGGCGCCAAUGCACCAGCAGUGGAGUCAAUAAAUGCAAAUUCUGGAAUAGAACGAGAUCAGUCAGAUUCUGAUUCUAAUACAAUCGACCGCACACUGGAAAUUCUUUUACGUAUCGAGGAUAAACUGGAAAAUGGAAAUCGUUCGGUGACAUACAUUCAACUUCUUACGGCUUUUGCAGUAUUUGCUAUCGUUCAAUUAAUUGUUCUUCCACUUUUUAUGCAAUCUAAAAUAUGA